AGCUGUAUAGUAGCGCACACUAGGCUGAAUUACUUUACAUUUGCUUCCGACGCCCCUGCGAGUCACACGGUGUGAGAUCGAGAUGCGUGGUUCUACUUUCCUUUAUACAACUGCAAUGUUUUUGGGUCUGCUACAACAACACUUUAUUCUAUGUCAAGGAAUUGAAGACACUGGUUGUUUUGUCUCACAACUGUUUCAUGCGGUGAGCAAUCUUUCCGCAACGAUGGAGAAGGGGUUUGGUGAUCUGAGGAGGGAUCUACAAAGUGAAAGAGAAGAAAGGAUCAAGUUGCAGGUGGACAACGUGGAACUUCGCCAACUCAUCAUUCAGCUUCAAGCAGACAACGCGCUUCUCAAUCGCAGUCUAUCUUGGACAAAGAAUGAGAGUAGAGUGACUGUUGCAGCACAUCUUGUAGGAUAUUCAGGUUGGCAGUCUAUAUCAGGUGUGAUAACCUACUGGCAAACAAGCAGUCCAUCAUUCUUACUGGGUGCCAUCACCUACAGCAAUGGAGCUCUUACAAUUCCAUCUGAUGGUGUUUACUAUAUUUAUACACAUCUCUACUUAAAAGCCAAUAUUGGCGGUGCCAUUUAUCCUUACAUCAGAGUAAAUGGCAAUCGUGUUUUGUACAUUGCAAGCUACCAUGGUAAUGGUGAACAGAAAACCAAGCACGCUGGUCUACUUCAGCAGCUGAAAAAAGGUGAUAGCGUUGACAUAUAUGGUGGAGGAUAUGAACAUUACAUGGGCUCUACUCAUUCAGUUUUUGGUAUUUUUAAGAUCGACUAGAAGCAUGUUGUUGAGAAUGGGAACGUCAAUUAAUUAAGUGAUAAGUGUGAGUGUCAAAUGACUUCAUGUGAUCAAGUAAUUGUAGUUGUGAGUGUGUAUGUUGGACUGUAGUGUGCCCAUGUAUUCAAGCCUAAUUUUUGUUUGUCUCAUUUCUAUUUAGUUCCAUUUCUAUAUUGUUAGCAAUAAAUGUUCAUUGAAUCCUAUUA